AUGCACCAAAACCAACACAACAACCAACAGUUCAAAAUCCAGCACAACAACCAACAGUUCAAAAUCCAGCACAACAACCAACAGUUCAAAAUCCAGCACAACAACCAACAGUUCAAAAUCCAGCACAACAACCAACAGUUCAAAAUCCAGCACAACAACCAACAGUUCAAAAUCCAGCACAACAACAACCACAAACAGAGCAAGGACAUAAAAGAAGUAGAGAACAAGGAAACCAAGAAUUCUUAA